AUGCCUCCAAACAUAUCCAAGCGGCACUAUCUCCGCUGGCUUCCAGACCCGAUUCCAGACCAAGACAACACCUCAACAAUUGUGACAACCUCUGAUAAGAAUCGUUUCGUCGAUCUGCGCGUGUUCAAGGAGUCUCCAUCAGGCGAACCAGUUCUCCGAGUUCAACCUCUCGAGCAACUCGAGUGGGGUCUCGCGGGGGUUUCAUCUUCCGAGCCAAAGAAAGGUCCCAAAGGCGAAACCAUCUCUCACGGAAUCUGGAAACACUGGAUAGACUCUCGCACUCCGGACGCAGACGGUGUUCAGGAUGAAGGUGRUAACUACCCACUACCAAACGGAGAAGUCUUGGAAUUGGGCAGUAUGGUGAAUCCCGAUACGGGUAGAGUCACUGCAUAUGAGGAGAAAUGGGCGGACAUUCCGCUUAAAUGUACUGGGAGAAAGGAUGGACGGGUUGACUGUGCGGUGCUGGAGCUUCGCGAUGAUUCACACCAAGCACGCGGUCUGGUGGUGCGUGCGGGUCAGUACUGCCAAGGUAUCAUACGAGUUGGCAAUCAGGUCGCUGUGGAGCGCUGGGCGUGGGAUGAGGAGACGCAGUUCACUUGGAAGCGGAGGGUUCGGAUGGGAGACCUGUUUCUUCCUUGUGGUGUUGUUACGGAGCCGGAGAAGCUUGAGCUGGGUGACAAGUUGACUUAUGGGGWGCAUGUGUGGACUGUGAUUGAGCUGACAGAGACAUGA